CGAUGCGAGGCAACUAACCGAGCGUGGUUGGAGGAAACUGUUGUUUUUUGUACAGCUACACUUAUAUAAGCAUGUCAUUGAACGGGAGAACACAGGGUCCGUUUGGUAGCAUAUGAAUUCGUUUACGGGUAGAAGCGGUUCAUACGAAGCGGCGACACGUUUUAAUAUCUAACCAAUGUAUAACAUGUCAUGUUGAUGUUUUUGACACCGUAACUAGUUUGGCCACCAGGUUCGUUGUUUCGAUUCUCCAAUUUAAAAAAAACUGCUAGAGUUAUUUCCUAUGUGUGUGUUUCACGUGAAGACCAGCGACGGUCACGAAUAACCAUGGAUGGCGAGGAGAUUAACGUGGCCGGCGGACCGACCAAACACAACAAUGCCGAAACCCGUGCCGAAAAUGGCGGACCGCUUGUUCGCAGUGCAGAAACUGUUCAUUCAUCCGGGCCUAAGGUGAGUUCGGUUCCGAUCGCCAUAGAACCGGCAGCAAAGUCGCCAGAUGCACCAAGACCGUCGUCCUGUCCCCCUGGACCACCCUGUUCUUCACCAAUGGUGCACGACAGGCGAUCGAACAGUACUAAUGAUCUUAAACGAGAUCGCAGUGCAUCGCAAACAUCACAGACACAAACUGAUCAAAUACCAGUGCUCGAAUUGGAUGAUCUGAAAGUGCCAAUUGUUGGGUACGAAAUAAUGGAACAGAGAGCAAAAUUUACGGUAUUCAAACUACUCGUUAAUCGUGGGCCGAAUGACAACUGGUUUGUUUUCAGAAGAUAUACAGAUUUUGUUAGAAUCAAUGAACAGUUAAAGGUCUUGUUUCCAACAUUUCGACUGGCACUCCCUCCGAAGAAAUGGUUUGGCAACAAUUUUGAUACAAGUUUCUUAGAAGACCGACAACUGGGUUUGCAGGCCUUCAUCAAUAAUAUCACAGGACACAAAGACAUCGUCAAAAGACAAUCUGUGAUUUACAAGGGCAUGCGAUACUAUUAG